GAUAGUUAUUUCCAUUGUAUAAUCUAUGGUCUGGGACCAUAUAUUGCAGACUAUGAAGAACAAGUCUUAUUGAUAUGCAUUAUGUAUGGCUGGUGCCCAAGUCUUAUAUUUUGCACUACAUUUUCUCUAACCCCUGACCCUAAUGAAAGACUCAUUAAAUGUACAUUUCAAGACCAUCUUGUGGUCUGGGUCAAAAAGUACCUUUGCAAGACACAUUCAAAGAAAGGGGCUAAGUGCAUCAUAGAUGAUAUCAACCAAAGGUAA